AUGUCUUCGAGCAGACACAUCGCGCUCACCGCAAUCGGCGGCGCGCUCGCGGCAGCGGGCGCGUUCUACGGCCCGAGCGCUCUGGAAGUGUACACCGCGGAGUCAUCUCUGGCGACGGCGGAGCGGAAACUCGCGGCGGUGAAGGCGUUGGCGCGAGACGACGAGCAGAACUUCGCCAAGGCGCGUUCGCGGUGGAGCGCGGUGACGUCGGCGUUUAAGGACGCGUCGGAACGCUAUCGGAGAACGAAAGAAAGUCUAGACACUCGCUUGCGGGCGUUAGAACAGGCGAAACGCGCGUACGAGGAUACAAAGAGAGAGGUAGACGAGGCUGCGUGUGCGCUCGCAGAGGCGGAGAAGGAUGAAGCGGAGGCGAAUUUGACGCUCGCGAGGGCUCGGCAAAAGCUCGGUACGCACGAGGAAGCAAUCGCGCAGGCAAAGGUAGAGGUCCAGAAGCUGACGACGGUCGCUGAGGCUGCCAUCAAAAAAAUGAACGCGCUCAAGUUGCCGACGUUUUGA